AUGGCAAACGACAAAGUGGCAAGUAUUAGAGCAAAUUCAUCAACGCGACAAUUAAUUCAAACGUAUGCAUGUGAAUUAUCUCGAGCUGAAACCCGAAACAAGAAUGAUAAAUCGGAUGAAUUGAAACAAAAAGCGGAGAAUGAGAUUUGGAAUCAGAAGGAAUUAACUGUCGAAGGAACAGACAGUAAUGCUUCAGAGAAAUGCCUGAGAAGUGAAAAGAGAAUUAAUGACAAAAACGAUGGUCACUUAGAUAAGGGUCCUUGGCGUACACAUAUACAACGUUCCAAAACGGCUAUUGUACGACCACAACCGCAAGUUGUUGUCACACAGCGUAGUCCAAGUCCAAUGCCACGUAACUUUAGGACUACUGUGGAAGAACGAAAAUCACGACUUCCAUUAGCUACCACACAAAACAACAGAUAUUUAGAUACAAAACAUAAAACAACAACAACAACAGCAUCACCAGCGACAUCUUCAGUCAGCAGGACCUUACAAUUAACAAGUCGCAGAGGUAGCACUCAGACGACAACCAAAUCUUCUCUUUCAACAGGUCGCAGAAGUUCAACAACUUCAGCUGGAAAACCUCCAACUGGUUUAAGUGCUGAUAACACAAAUGUUUUAAUAUCAUUGACAGCACGUCGCUCCUCAGCAACUACCGUGAUGUCGCGUUCGGUGUCAUCUUUAAAUGGAAAAGUUGGAUUAAUGCCAUCACAAUCCACCGACUCAGUCACAUUAUUUGGCCAAGGACUUAUGAAAGUUCGCAGUUUUUCAAAUAUAGCCAGGACACCAAGUCAUCUGAGUAUGAAAGUGAAUUAA